AAAACUAAUAAGCUGACCAUGUACAAGGUUGCAAGUUCAUAUUAUGUAUAUGUUGACCAAAUACACAAAAAUAAAAAUCUGACCAUAUAGUAAUAGUUGCAUAAAUAAUUAUUAGGAUUAUAUAUAGCUUCCAAAUAACGGCGAACAAAAAGGAAAAGAAAGACUCAUAUUCGAAAAAAGAUCUUCGUUUUCUCUGCGUCUCCUUUCAGCAGUCUUUGACAGCGUCUUGAUUCAGCCAUGGCUAACGCGGCGUCGGGAAUGGCAGUCCAUGAUGACUGCAAGCUAAGGUUCCUGGAACUGAAGGCGAAGAGGACGCACCGUUUCAUUGUUUACAAGAUCGAGGAGAAGCAGAAGCAAGUGAUUGUUGAGAAAGUUGGUGAGCCUAUUCAAACCUACGAGGACUUUGCUGCGAGCCUCCCUGCUGAAGAGUGCCGAUACGCCAUUUAUGACUUCGACUUUGUCACUGCGGAGAAUUGCCAGAAGAGCAAGAUUUUCUUCAUUGCGUGGUGUCCUGACGUAGCAAAGGUGAGAAGCAAGAUGAUCUAUGCGAGCUCCAAGGACAGGUUCAAGCGUGAGCUUGAUGGAAUUCAAGUGGAGCUUCAAGCGACUGAUCCAACUGAGAUGGAUCUUGAUGUUUUCAAAAGCCGUGUCAAUUAAAAAACAAAUAUUCUCUCUCUCUCUCUCUCUCUCUCUCUCUCUCUCUCUCUCUCUCUCUCUCUCUCUCUCUCUCUCUUUGAAUAAGCUUCUUUGGCUCUUACAGUUUCCUGCGACUGUUAUAAAAACAUAACGCCCUUUAUUCUAUCCUUAUCUGGUCUUGUCUUCUGCGUCGUUGUUGCCGAACAGUGUUUUCAUCUUAUAUUGAAAGUUAUCCCAACGUUUGUGGUG